AUGGAGUUGCUGAGUUCCACUCUCCUCUGGAAAACCUGGUGGGAGCUUCCAUCAUCCUCGUCGGUGUUAAGAUCUCCUGCACCGGUCUCUCACAAUGCUCCCCCACCUGCUUCUCACGCCUUCCUCCUUGAGGCCACAACGCGUGUCAACGCUUUAUUGACCGCAGCCGGUCGCGACAUCUCGACCCAAAUCCUCUCUCCUGCCCUCGCCGCCUUUCCUCGCCGUCCAGAGAUCAUCCUCAACGCCCUCCGUGCGCUCAUGGAGAUUGUUCUCCCGACUCCAGCACCGCCUGCAAAUUGGAACUUUCGGACAGAUAAUCAUGGCAGGGUCUUGAGCGAGAGUGAUAAAGCGAAGUUCGGCGUGCUUUUGGAGAUCGUUCGGUUUGCAGGCAAGGGCGAGAUCUGGACUUAUGGGAGGGGAGUUGGCUGGAGGUGA